ACCGGAAGUGUAUCUCAGCCGUGUGUGACCUUUGUGUAAUGCUGACAGAGCUGUAUGAAGCUCAGUGGAGAGAAGGAGCUGCUUAGGGUUUAACUUGUAAUUGAAGCUUUCUUCUGUGAAGCGGCUCAGUCAGGACGAGACCACCAUGAGCACCAUGUUUGCAGACACCAUUCUGAUCGUCUUUAUCUCUAUCUGUACGGCGCUGUUAGCAGAAGGGAUCACCUGGGUUUUAGUGUAUCAAACUGAAAAGUACAAGAGGCUAAAGGCUGAGGUGGAAAAACAAAGCAAAAAGCUUGAAAAGAAAAAAGAAACCAUCACUGAAUCUGCAGGACGCCAGCAGAAGAAGAAAAUUGAAAGACAGGAAGAAAAACUGAAGAACAACAACAGAGACCUGUCCAUGGUACGCAUGAAGUCCAUGUUUGCUAUUGGCUUCUGCUUUACAGCUUUGAUGGGCAUGUUCAACUCCAUCUUUGAUGGAAGAGUUGUGGCCAAACUGCCGUUUGUGCCACUGUCCUACAUUCAGGGCCUUUCACACCGCAACCUGCUGGGUGAAGACUACACCGACUGCUCCUUUAUCUUCCUCUACAUCCUCUGCACUAUGUCCAUCAGACAGAACAUUCAGAAAAUGCUCGGACUCGCACCCUCCAGAGCUGCCACCAAACAGGCAGGGGGCUUCUUGGGACCUCCUCCUCAAACGGCAAAGUUUUCCUAAUGAGCAAGUCAUCAUGGCGCCCCCACCAGAGCUUUGAUGGAACUGUUUGUGCUGGAGCAAAUGUCUUACAUGUUGCAGCUACUAUGUUGUUUGAUUUUGUUGCUUGUUGUGAUAUUUAACUUAAAGAAGAAAAACAUAGAACAGAACUUAUUCCUUUAAUUUAGUUCACACUUUGUUCAGCUCACAUCAUGGACUGUUCUGAGAUUUUAAACAUUUACUGACACAAUAACAUCUGAACCACUUUCAGUAUUAUUGGACGUCAUCAUCUAUAUUUUGAGUAACUUACACAUUAAUAAAAGUUUUAUGAUUAUA